UAGCCAUUCUUUCUUGUGUAGAUAUGGACCGCGUGGAUAGCUCAACCACGUUGCGUGGAAGAGGCAGGAACAAAAGGAAUUGGACUUCCGAUGAGGACGAUGAGCUAAUUAAAGCCUUGUAUGAGUUGUCUUUGGAUCCGAGGUGGAAAGCCGAUGGUUCAUUCAAAGGUGGGUACUUGGCAAUAUUGGAAAAACAUCUUGUUGAGAAGUGUCCAGGCCGUGGUAUCACCGGAGUUCCACACAUUGAAUCAAGAGUGAGGCACUUCAGGAAGAAAUUUGGUGCUCUUGAAGUAAUGAUAUCCAAAAGUGGUUUUACAUGGGAUGGAAAUAGGAAGAUGAUUCAAUGCGAGAAGGCACAAUAUGAAGAACAUUGUAAGAAUCACAAUGAGGCUAAGGGAUUGUAUGGUGUAUCAUUUCCAUACUUUGAGCAAUUGGCUGCUAUCUAUGGCAAGGACAUCGCAACAGGGGAAAAUGCUGAAGGCUUUGGAGAGGCAGUCGGAAACUUGGAGAAGGAAAUUGCUAUGGAGGAAGAAGAAAAUGAGGAAGAGGAUAUGAUCUCAACAAGGACAGCUAGACGGUCCAUUGACACUUGCUCUAUUGAUACAACUAUUUCUAAGAGACAAAAGAAGGAGCCAAGGCCAAAGAGGGCGACGGGACCAAGCGAUCCUUUUGCAGCCAUGCUUCAAGAUGUCAACAACCAGCUAAACAGUCCGACCAUCGACCAUGAAGGAGCACGGGCGCUGCCGGCCGCCACCGAGGGAAAGACACAAGCGCCGCCGGCCGUCGACCAUGAAGGAGCACGGGCGCCGCCGGCCGCCGCCGAGGGAGAGCCACGGGCGCCGUCAGUCGCCGACCAUGAAGGAGCACAGACGGUGCUGACCGCCACCGAGGGAGAGCCACGGGCGCCGCCGGCCCUCGACCAUGAAGGAGCACGGGCGCUGUCGGUCGCCACCGACGGAGAGCCACGGGCACCGCUGGCCGUCAACCAUGAAGGAGCACGGGCGCAGUCGGCUGCCACCAAGGGAGAGCACGGGCGCCGCUGGCCACUGGCCGCCGCUUGGAUUGCGAUCUAUGAAAAAUGA